UGUGAGACGUCAGGUGGGAGAGGGAAAGGGGAGAAGGAAAGAGAAGAAAGAAAGAGAGAGAGGGGGAAGGAGGGAGCGAAAGGUCGGAAAAGAAGAGAGGGACCAACUAGGGAAGGAGGUGAAGAAAGGUGAGAAGGGGAAGAGUGAAACGGAGAGACAGAGAGAAAGAAUGAGCGGCAAGCAGAAGUGAAGCAUGAGAAGGAAGACGUGGAAAAACAAGGGUGAGAUGUUUUGAAAGGUGAUAUGAUGGAUGGAUUGGGGAAGGAAAAGUCCAUUUGUAGUUCAGGCUCCUUUCCAUGGCUCAAUCACUUGAACAGCGAAGCACCAUCCAGGGUUUGGAAACUCACUGACUGCUUCUCCUCCCCCAAGCAAACUACCCCAGCCUCGCAACCCCAGAGCUCUUACAUGGAAGUCCGUAAGCCAGUGUUGGAGCUGAAAGAUGUUCCUCCCCCUCCACUUCACAGUGCCUCUCAGCAACCUCUUCCUCUGGCCCCCCUCCCUGUGCCUCCCCCCUGCCACCUCCCACCUCCUCCAGACCCGCGACCCCCACAGGGACAAACCCUGGCCCUGCCUCUUUCCCAGCCCCGGUCCACUAGCCCUAAAGUAAGCCUCUGUUCUCGCUGUGAGUCCAGCCUGCUCCUCCAACAAACCCAUGGCUUGCUUGAAGCCAGAAGUCACAGUUUUGGUGAUCCUGGUGGUGGAUGUAGCAUAAGCAGCAAUGCUAAUGCUAAUGUUGGUGGUGGCGGCCUUCCUACACUUCACUUUUCUCACACACAGGGCAGCACCCUCUCCGGCCAGUCCACAGCCACCCCUUCCUCAGCUCCGUACCUGCCCUCUCCUCAGCUGCAAACCCCAGAGAGCUUCGGCCUCAAGAAGCCAUCUGUAGCCACAUCGCAGCCCAUGGCCGCCCACUCUCAACCCUCGUGCUGCGCAGGCCUCCGGCACCUUCACACCUGUCCCUCUCUUUCUGUGGGCUGUGUGCAGUCCAGUCACGUGCCUGGCUCUGGCUCUGCCUCCAUCCAUGAGCCGUGUAUGACCUCAUCUGGGUACGGUCACUGUAGUGGGGAGUGUCGGUUGGAGCAGAACUCCCACUCACACAGUGAUGCACCUCCUUCUACUCACCUCUGCUCUAACCCUUUGCACCUCAGUGUUGAGCACAGCGCAGUCUGUCUGAAGGGAGCACACUACUGUCACCAAUGUUUGAGUAAGCCUGUACAGGGUUUGGACGCUACAAACUCGGCCAAGGUUUGGCCGAACAUCCCCCCUCCGCAUGCCCAAUCUGCUCCAGUGCCUGUGUGUAAUGGCUGUGGAGUGCCUGGAUCCUCCACUGAUGGCAUUCUUCUGCACACUGCCAGCUUGAACAAAGUCAACCACAAAUACGGUACACCAGAGAACAGUGGGCAGGAAUCACUUCCCCCAGUGGGAGUGUUCUGGGACAUAGAAAACUGCGCUGUACCCAGUGGGCGUUCAGCAGCCAUAGUGGUGCAGAGGCUUCGGGACCGCUUUUUCCAGGGCCAUCGUGAAGCUGAGUUCAUCUGCGUGUGUGAUAUCAGCAAAGAGAACAAGGCUGUCAUUCAGGAGCUCAACAACUGCCAGGUAACAGUGGCUCAUAUAAACGCCACUGCAAAAAAUGCAGCUGACGACAAACUCCGGCAAAGCCUCCGCCGCUUUGCAGAGACGCACGCGGCUCCUGCCACAGUCAUUGUGGUUUCCUCUGACGUGAACUUUGCAAGUGAGUUGAGUGACCUGCGCCAUCGCCAUCGUUUCCAGGUCAUCCUGGUGCACAAGAGCCAGGCCUCACUUGCUCUGCUGCAGCAUGCACACGUGCAUGUCCCAUUCGAAGACUUUGUUUCGGAGCUGCCUCCCAGGAUGCUUAUCAAAUCACAGCCCUGUUUCAACCUCCUCUUUGUGCACAACCUCCCCACGCACCGCGAUGCCAAGGCUGUCAGUAGCAGGCUUCAGCGCCUGUCCAAUAACUGCGGCGGGAAGGUUCUGGGCGUGUCUGGCGGCACUGCCGUGCUCCGAUUCGCCAGCGCCGAAGCGGCAGAGCGUGCCGCAAAGCGCAUGGAGAACGAAGACGUCCUGGGCAACCGAAUCACUGUCUCCUUCUCCCCUGAUGGGCGGCAGCAGGAGGAGGAAGAGGAGCGGAUUCGGCUCCCCGUCUCCUCCUCGUCCUCCUCUGCAGCCCUUUUCCUCCCCUUGGAAAAGCCGCGAUCGCCCAGGCGCCCCAGACGGGUGUCCCGUUCCUGCCAGAGCGGCAGAGAUGCGGGGGUGAACAUACCGGAAAGACCCUACAGCCCAAGGAAAGGGGGGCAUGCCUCUUCCUGCAGCCCAGUGAUGAAGCUUCUUCCCCAGGAUGCGAGUGCUCUGGAUUCCAGGCCCAGGACGGGUUUCACGCUGGAGAAAAGCCGUGCUGCAUCUAUGUCUCCUCAGAGUAACAGCCUGACCUCACAAAUGCAGCCUUCCAAGCCUGGCUUUCCUGCUGAACUCUUGCACCGAAGCCGCAGGAGAGACUCGUGUAGCCUGCGCAGUGUUACAGACUCUCCUGUGGAGCCAUUCCAGGUUAGCACACCUUCAGCCUUCAGCAAACUCAGCCUGCACACUUCCUUUAGCCCCAUGUUGUUGUCCCAAGGUUCCUGUUCUUCCAGAAGUGCAUCUCCGUGUCUCUCCAAUCGUUCAUCUCCACUGAGUGUUCAGUCUCGUAGCCCCUGCCUCGACUCCCGUCCUGAGCUCCCGUUUUCAGAUGGUGCGGAUAUCCAGGUGGCUAACUUGGACUACAGGAUGUCCCGUAAAGAGCUGCAGCAGAUCUUGCUUGAUACAUUUGCCAAGCAUGGCAGGGUGAAGAAUGUGGAGCUCAGUCCUCACACAGACUAUCAGCUAAAGGCUAAAGUGCAGAUGGGUUCUCUGCAGCAGGCUAUAGGUGCCAUCAGCAUUCUUCACCGUUUCAAGAUUGGCAACAAGCGCAUUCACGUCUCUCUCCUCACUGGUGCAAAUAGCAAGUCCCUUGCUUGCCUCAGCUCAGAGAUCAUCAGCAUUCUGCAGGAUUCUCCAGCCAACUGUCUUCCACUCUUCAAAUUCACAGAAAUUUAUGAGAAAAAGUUUGGGCGUAAGCUGGUGGUGAGUGAGUUGUACAGGCUGCCAGAAGUGGUGGCAGUUCGUGAGCAGGGUGGAAGCCGUUUGGUUUGUCUUCUUUCCAGCAGCAUCGCUAGACACAGCCCCCUAAGCUCCUCCCAGUCUCAUGAUGGAUCCUCUACCAGUGGAAGCCCAGUGGUGUUUGAGGAGCUGGAGUAUCAUGAGCCCGUCUGUAAACGCCACUACACACAGCAAGACUUCAGUGAGGCAGACUACGACCCGGAUACAUACAAGAUCCCGUUUGUGGUGGUGUCUCUGAAGGCCUUGUCUGCUCAUGUGCACUGUCUGCUGCAGUCUCACGAAGGAACUGUCCCCUUGCUUAGCUUCCUAGAGUGUUAUGCAGCCGAGUUUAGUCCGUUGACUGUGGGAGAAGAGGGGACCUUGGAAGGGAGUGUUCCACUGGAGCACCUCAUUACUUGUAUACCUGGCAUUACAAUAGUAACCGCACAGAAUGGGUUCAAGGUCAUCAAAUGGAUUCAUAACAAACCCCCACCUUCUAAUGCAGACCCGUGGCUGCAGCGCUGCAAGAGUCCGGUAGGUAACCCCCAGCUAAUCCAAUUCAGUCGUGAGAUUGUGGACCUGAUGAAGAGCCAGCCGUCCUGCCUGAUGCCCAUCACCAAAUUCAUCCCUGCCUACCACCAUCACUUUGCUAAGCAGUGCAGGGUCUCUGAUUAUGGCUACUCUAAACUGCUAGAGCUGCUGGAGGCUGUUCCACACGUACUGCAGAUCCUAGGCUUAGGCUCUAAGCGAUUGCUGACCCUCACGCACAGGGCGCAGGUGAAGCGCUUUACUCAGGAUCUUCUCAAACUGCUCAAGUUUCAGGCCAGCAAGCAGGUCGUCAUUAGGGACUUCAUGCAGGCCUACCACUGGUGCUUUUCUAGAAACUGGCAUGUGGUUGACUACGGUAUGUGUGACCUGAUGGACCUGCUGACAGAGAUUCCUGACACCACCAUCUCUAUCACGCAGCAGGACUCUGACACAGUCAUAUCCGUUCCCAAGAGAGAGCGAACACCAGAGGAGGUGGAACGCACAAAGCAGUUUGGGAAGGAGGUUGUGGAUCUGCUGCGCCACCAGCCACACUUCCGCAUGCCUUUCAGCAAGUUCAUCCCCACCUACCACCACCACUUCGGCCGUCAGUGCAAGCUCACAUACUACGGCUUCUCCAAGCUCAUGGAGCUGUUUGAGGCCAUUCCAGAUGUGCUUCAGGUGCUGGAGUGUGGAGAGGAGAAGGUACUGGCACUGACAGAAGUGGAACGAGUGAAGGCUCUGGCAGCUCAGCUGGUAAAGCUUCUGCGUGCUCAGAGAGAUUGCAGUCUGUCCGUCAACCAGCUGCUGGCUGAGUACAGCAAGACCUUUGGCUAUGGCCUCCGCCUGCAGGACUAUGAUGCCUGCACGCUGCCUGCUCUGCUUGCUAAACUUUGCCAUGUUGUAAAGGUAGUAGACGGGGCUGAUGGAAAGGAGGUACAGCUCAUCAACAGGAAGUCUCUGCGUGCUCUGACGUCUCAGCUUCUGGCUAUAAUGAUGUCACUUCCUGAUGAACAUAAUUGGCUGGAAGUGGAGGCGUUGCGCAGGCAGUACGAGUUGAUGUUCGAUAUCCCACUCAAUCCCUGGGAAUACGGCUUCGUCUCACUCUGCGAGCUGCUCAAGAGCCUUCCUUACCUGGUGGAGAUGUUUGUGGGCGAGUGUGAUAAUGAUGCUAAGCCUGAAGAACGAGUGAGGUUGACCCGUCUCUAUCAGUUUGCUCGAAAUGUUCGAGCACUUUUGCACACCUACCACUAUAACCAGAUUUUCCUGACUGAGUUUUGGGGAGCCUUCAGCAAGUACACAGGCCGUGAGUUUCAGCCUCGUGAAUACGGAUAUAGCACUUUGGAUGAGCUUCUGGCAGCUAUACCCCAGGUAGUCUGGAUAAAGGGCCAUGGCCAUAAGAAAAUCAUUGUGCUGAGAAACGACAUGAAAGCUCGAGUCAGCCCUGCUAACACAGAGACCCCUCAGCCUGAGGAGGUCCGAGAGAGCCAGAGCCCUGCCAGCACUCAAGAUUCUGGCACACACAGUCCAGGUGGCAGCACAGGUGAUGCAGAACUGCUGUGCCUGAACUCUGCCUCUCCAGUAGACCUGCUGUGUGGGCCGGUCCCGUCCUGCCUGCCUUCUCCUCAGCUCCACCCUGACCCUGUCCUGCUCCAGAACAGUGAUCUUAUCCACUUUGAGGAGCGCUCUCAGCCCCAGCUCACAGGCGGUGCAGCAGAGCAGCACCAGCCAGUUCACGACCGCCAGCCACAGGCAGCUCUGUCCCCCAGCAGCUAUACCUCAGACCGUCUCUCAGCUUCAGAUGUGGAGAACGGAACGCCGGAAACCUCCUCCACCUCUUCUGUUCAGGACGACGGCAGGUCAAACACUGACGCAGAGUCGCACAGUACAGCGGGCUCGGGUGUGACCAAGCCCCCACAACCUCCAAACCUCAAACCCCAUGCCACGGACAGCCCCAGCAAGAGACAUUCACGCAACAAAGUCAGGCUAGCGGCUAACUUCUCCUUCUCUCCAGCCCCUUCAGUCUGAAGCACGGUUACUCACAUAUAGUCCUGACAAGACAUAGUGCAGCUCAGCGCUUAGCAUUUUCCCUGCGCAGAUAUUCCAAUUACAACUCAUUAAUGGAUGAUACAGCGUUGAUCGAAUAAUUAGCCUAUAGGUUUGAGCAGGGAAAGUGCUGAACUUUAGUGCUGCUGCUGUGGCCCUGUAGGAAUAUAUCUGAUUAACAAUAGUCUUUAGGUUCACUGUGUUUAAACUUCAUCUCAUUCUGCUGCAGCUUAUUGUGCAUGUUAAAGUCCUCCAUCAAACACGUGUUCAUUUGUCACGUGUUUACUUUUAUUGGGUUGUAGCUUUUUUUUUUUUUUUUUUUCUUGCGUUUUAUCAAAUGGCCACAUUCUUCUUUGCAAUCACAACCUCAAAAUUCAUUUUUUUUUUUUUUUUAAGGAAAAAAUUAAUUCAUAUGAAAACAAAAAUCUCUCUGGGUUAGCUAUAACUGAAGUAUUAGCGUUCAGUAUCAAAUGGCAGGUCUAGCCAAAAUAACAUUUGGAAAUCUUGAUUUUAUUUCACUGAAUUUACAAUAAUGUGAAGUUAGAAGUUGGUUAUUUUAAGUCCUCUGACCCUCCUGCUUGCACACAGUAAAGGAGUUCUCCUACAUCAGUUUUACAAUAUUGUGCUAUUUAAUUCUAGAAAGGGGAGUAGAUUUAUUCCCACAUUAAGCUCAGUUAUGUUUAACUCCUAUUUACUCCAAAUAAGUUGCCUUCCUUUGUAUUUGUGGGGCAUAUAUAAUUCUUUGUGUACUCUAGAAUUCUUUAGAGUUUAAGAGCUAAACCUAUUUUCUCCUUAAAAUUAUAUUCAAAAAAACCUUAGUGCACAGUUCUUUAAUAGCCUAAGUUUAGAGUAGGAUCGGCAUUUUGUUUCUAAACAUGGUGCAGGUAGUUUCACUUUUUAAUGGCAGAUAAAAGAUCUCCAUGAUCUCAGACGGUAAGUAAGUUCCAGAUGGUACUUCAGUCUAGGUUUUCAGCCUCCAAGCUUGUUGGAGUGGCUGACUGAACAGAACAUUCAUGUAGGAUAAAGUCACGGUGGUUGUUGUGGAGCUCCUCAGUGAGUUUUAAAGCAUGCACUUCGAGAUAGAAGGCAGGCUGACUGAAGCAGAACUUCUGAGCGCUGGUUGUAGCAGUUAAACAGAGGAACUGAAGCCCUUUGUUGCUGUUGGGGGCCAGAGUGGAGCUCCUUCUUUUCAUUUUCUUUUUUUAGCCAAGUAGUCUGCAGCUUAUGCUUUGGUAGGUUGGUGUUUUGUAUGAAAUUUUAUAUGCACAUGGUGCAUAGAUCAUUUCUUUGAAAGGAUGUGACUGGUUUAGUAAGCUGUGUAUCAUUUUUAAAAUUGGUUUGUUCCAAGCGUUUUCACUGCUGGAUCAUGCUAACAAGAGCUUUGGUUCAUCUUCUUAGCUGUUCCUCAGGAAAUGCCAAGGUUGUUUUGUUUAACCUUGAUCAGUUUGUGGUUUGUUUGCGUCUGUCUGUCUCUGUUAGCUUCUUGACAGGAGAGUUUAGCAUGUGUGACUUGGACUUAUAGAGAUUAGCGUUGGGUUUUAAAGUGCUUGGGUUGGAAAAUGCUGAAGGCGAGCCAUCGUGGUAUCAGGGGGACGCACAGAGGCCCCUUUGAUUUUUCUGUGGAAUGAGCCGGGCUUUUACAAUGGCUUGUAUCAGCCUCGGCACCAUGGGAGAAGAAUAAAGCAGCGUCGGCACGUUUUCCACCCUGUGAGCACCCUCACUGUGUUCUAGUUUGUCGAUUUCAUUAUUUCCACAAGGUUGUUUUGUUAAGCAUUUCCGUGAAAUAGACUUGGUACUGAAGACUUAUCCUGCAUGGUGUCAAUGCUGUCUGGGUUUACGCCCAGAAAAGAACCUAGAUUGAAUGUCUGAUGAGCUGCCACUAGGGUCUAAAACAGGGCAGAGUGGACAUAAAAAGCAACCCGUGGGACAUUUGUCCACAUAUGAUGAAAUUACUUCCUUUUUUAUUAUGAUAUUAGUAUUAUUAUACGCGAUAUAAACAAUGGGCUCUGGCCUCAAACCUGCUGGAUGCUUUUUUUUAGCCUGUUUGGUUUUCAGUUUGAAAGGCCCAGCUGUUAGGCUUAAUAUAGUUUAGUGCAGUCUAAUUAUAUCACUGCGCUUUUAGUUCUCAGCUCAAAACGUUCCUAAUUUACUGACCUGCCACCACGAGAUGGCUGCGUUACGUCCCAAAUAAAUUCCUUUCAUCCAGGUUGUUAAAAACAGCUCUAAAAAAAUCCCAAAAGCAUUUUUAAAGACUGUUAUCAAAAGGCCUGAUAUUUCUUUAGGAGGCAACAACAUUGCUGAGUAGUUGUUUAUGAGAAGCCCUAAGGUAAACUUUCAUUUAGCUGUUUAAGGAGAAACCUAAAUCUAAGCUGCUCAGACCUCAGUUAUAGCUAACUCUGAGUACAAAAAUACACAUUUUUGUUGUUGCUUAUGCACAUUUGCAUAGUCGUAUUGAUGUCGUAUUGAGUAUUUCCGUUGAGGUUUGUUGUGCACAUGGUGCAGUGUGGAUCCAUUCCAGCGUUUCUUCGUUUUGUGUCAAGUGAUUGAUUAAGCUGCCGACAAUGUGUUUCUACAUACUGUCUCUGUGCAGUAAGUGUAAUUAAAGUUAGUUCCAUCUCAGUAAAUCUAAGCAGGACUGUUAAUUACUGUUAACUGUCAUCAUUUAUUUCCCCCUAUUAAAUAAAAAUGUUCAUUUUAUUCAGUUAGAAGCUACUAUGAGGUGAAAUGAUGCCAAGACCCCUGACCACUGUAUAAUUGCUCUCUGAUCUGCUGCAGGAAUGUGGCCAUAUUAACCUGAAUUAUCCCUGUCGAACAGUAUUUUGGUUCUCUUGCUGAAAGAACUUAAUUUGCAUGGUCUUCACCAUAUUAUUCCUCUGUUUGGUCUCUUAUGCCGUCAUCAAAAACGUACUGUAGCAGUUUCACUCUUUUGUAGAGUGAUAAAAAAAAAUAUUUCUGUUAUUAAAUUUCACAAGCAUCA